CAGCAGUUCCACGCUGCCGUGAAGGACAGGACGAAGUGGACUCCGCUUGCGCUGAGGGGCUUCGCUACUGUGAGGCUGAUGCGUUCAGUUGCUGCUCGAAUGGACAAGGUUGGUGCAAAGCAUCUGGCUGAUUUCUUCUACACCAAUAUCAUGGUGACUGUGGACGACAUGCACUACGGCCCUUUCUACGAUGGUGUGGAUUGUGGCACAGACGUUGGUGACGUAACGUGUGGUGUGAACUAUGGUGCCUCGUCACUCUCUGUGUGGACUCUCUCCCGUGUUGCCGCGCCCGCGUUGCCUGUUUUUUGCUUUACUGGGGAGUUUGGCACCGAUGGUAGAAAGGAUCAUCUGGUGUCUGUGCAGGUCCUUUCCGCCAAGCACUAUGGAACAGACGGUGAUUCGCGUUCGUGGUCCCUUUUGAACGCUGGACUUCGUGCCUCGCUCUUGAGCCGGAACUAUCUUGUGAGUGACGGUGUGCGUGUAAGAAUUAUUGAAGUGGAGGCACACGCAUCGGUUUUCGCCAUGGAAGUUGAGGACGCUGUCAGGGUGCACAAGAAUCUCCUCACUGUGCUUUCUUUUUACGGUGAUGACCAGGUGCGUUAUGCCAUGCCCGCCCUUGUGAAGCACGGCCUUGUUUCAUUUGCUCCUUUCACUGCGUCGAGUUUGAUACGCAGAUGGAGCCCGAACCUAUACUUUGUUCGUGCUGACCCUCUCUCUGAGCUGGUGACCCUCCUUCGCUACAGCGUGAACCGUCUGCGUGUGCGGCGUCUCGGGUUCAUGUACCUUCAGGACGUGGGGUUCGGUGACCCUGAGUAUCAACUCGCCAUGAAAUUGAUGACACAAAUGAGUUCGGAGCCGUGCGGUGUGUUUACUCUGAAGAGCUCUGUGACUGGUGCUGCUGAUGAUGCCGUCUUCAAAGAUGUAUGGGAGAAGUUUGCCAAUACUCUCCCGCAGGCUGUGAUUGUGUUUGGUGCACCAGUCAACGACACCGCGAAGUUUGUUCGAAACAUGUUAACAGACGGACGUACCCGCCAAGCACACUUGCUUGGUCCAUAUGCCUUGCAAGAAACACUUCUGAGUACAUGGCGUCAAGCAGUCUCCAGUGGUGUUCCGUUUAAGAGUGGCCAAGUAAUCACGACAGGAACUAAUCCACUUGCGAAGGACAAGGACUACGAAGCAAUCAAACGGUUUCAGAGGGACAUGAAGAGGUACCUAAGAGUGAAUAAAGACGACUUCAAUACCACGGAUCACUUUCUCAACAAUGACAACGAUGGGGAGUUGAUGGUUGCUGGGUGGAUUGCCGGUGAGGUGUUUUCACAGGCACUUAGUAACCGUAACGAUCUCAAAGACAGAGAGACCUUCCGACGCUCACUUUUUAACCAACGGCGGUACGUCGUUGACGACCUUGUGAUUGGCGACUUUGGUGGUGAGUGCAGAGGAGCCGCCGUUUCCCAACGGGCUACUUGCCGCUGCAACCAGGGUGGGCGGACGGUGUAUAUGAAGCGUUUUGUCGAGGGAUAUCGUGCUGAAGUGGUGAAGGACGGAUUAUUGACAUACUCGGCAUCGCAGUGCUAC